AUGAAUCAGGUCAUCAUUUCCAGCAAAUCGAACCCGAUCAUCAAGGAAUGUCUUAAAAUCAGAACUAAAUAUUCCAAAUAUUUUAAAAAAUGUUUUCCUUUUUCUAGGGAUAGUACUACCAAUAAUAAUUCCGUGAAUGAAAUAUUAAAAAGCGAUCAAGAUGAUCAUUUGCAUCGCUUUGUCUCUCUUCCUCUAUUAAUGAACGGAUCAAAAAUAAUAACAGAAUCAUUUGAGAAAUACAACAUUCAUCCAAAAUGGCUAUUUUAUAGGCAUGAUAAGCCUUUGCUUUUGAAAGAUAAACAAAAUCAAAUACAAUACUUCCCCGUAACGGACAAUUUAAUUAAUUAUAUUUGUGGAGAUAUUGUUAGCAAUGAUGGAUACUGUGCUGUCUAUGAUAAUUAUCAUCCACAAAAAUUAUUUCGUCCUCGAAAAAGAAAUAUAUAUAUUUAUUGUUACAAAAUAAGUGAUCCCAACAAUUUAGGAUCCAUUAUUCGAAUGAGUUUUGGAUUUGAUAUUUCUGCGAUAUUCUUGAGUGAAGAUUGUGUCUCACCCUUUACUGAGCGCUGUAUAAGAAGUUCAAGAAAUUACAUAAUGAAUAUUCCAGUUUUUCAUUUACCCUUAGAGGAAUAUAAAACCAUCAUACAUGAACAGUUGAAAUGUGAUUGCACACUGAUUGCAGAUGCCUCUUCUUAUCAGAAACACAACAUCAAAUCAAUUCUUGAAAUGAAUCACUCUCAACGAACAUUGAAGAAUCUUUGUCUGAUCAUGGGAAAUGAACAUCAUGGACUUAUGUAUCAAGAUCAAGAGUUUCAUACGGUCAUGUCACAAAUACCCAAUAAGGAAUUUGUUUAUAUACCCAUGAGGAAUAACAUUGAUUCUUUUUCUGUGAGUCAUGCAGCAGGAAUUCUCAUGUAUGAAUUGUCCAAUUACAUGAUGACAGACUCGAUACGAUAG